AUGGCGUCUUCAUCUCAGCGCCUCAAAACCGUUGAGUUUCUCCUCAAAUCUUCACAUGAUCUCAAUGUUUCCGCCAUUGUUAAAUACUCAGCAUUCUCCUUCUUCGCCGAUCGCUUCAUUCCCUCAUUACCACCAUACAUAGAACGCGCGAAUUCGUUGAACUGGCUGUUGAAGCCUGUCACUGAAAGCACCUUGCAGCUGUUUGUGCUUAUUUCUCUAUGGAUUUCAAGCAAAAUACAUGAUUCUCGACCGCUCUCUGUUGCAAGUUUGAAAUCUUUGGCGGAUAAAUCAAUCAAGGAACAACACUUCACAACUCGGAAUUUCUUAGAAGCAGAGGUGCUCUUCAUGCAGGUGUUGAGCUUUGAGAUCGGCACAACAAAUAUAGCCUUUUCGUUACUUCAAGAGCUUUGGAUUCAAAUCAAGGGAGUAGCAAAAGUUGGUGAGUUGAUUAGAUUUGAAGUUUGCAUGGAUAUUAUGGAUCUUCUCUAUGAAAAGGAAGAGACAUCAUACUUUUAUAGAACUCCUCACUCCCUUGCUGCAUCAAUCUUGGUUGUAUCAUACUUAAUGACAGUCCCUAAACAGAAAUGGGAGUUCCCAGUUAUUGCAUGGGGUAAGAAAGUGAAUCUAGUAACUUUGGCAACCUCUUGUAAGGAAGAAGAUAUCAUGAAAAUGGUGACGGAGAUUCUCAAACAUGUGAUUGAACCUUCUUGA